UAAUGAAAAAAUGAAUACAAUAAAAUAAACAGCCAGUUCAGGUGAAAUCAGGAUCUGCUUUCAGAUAAAAAUGUAAAUAGUCAUUUGAAUUGAUGGGGUCUUGAUUACAACAACAACAAACAAAAAAGUUUCAUUCAUCCAUUUAUUCAAAAUGCAUCAAAACUUGUGAUAUAAAACAAAACCUAAUACUGCCUUCAUACUGACCUGCUGCCUGCUGGGACGGUUCCUGUAGACCUGAACCCAACACACAGUUUAUUUACCUGCCCCCCCCCCAAAAAAAUAAAGGAUUCCUCCUUCAACCAUAAGAAGGACCAAAAAUGCGGAGCGGAAUAUCUGCGGAGUGAGUCAUCUCGCUAACAGACGAUCUUUGCUGCUGGCUAAAGGUGCUACCGCUAAUCAGCGACAGUCCAGACCGGAGACCGGACACCGGGCACCGCCGUUCCUCGCUUCGGUAUGAUGCCAGGUGACAGAAACAUGACCAUCGUUCAGAGAAUAGCUCGGCAAGCCCUCGUCACCUUCAGGAGCCCGCCCCGGGUCGGCGAAGAGGCCGGUAAAUCUUUCCUGGAGAACCAGAUCAAACUAAAGAGCCUGAUGACGGAAGUGCGAGCGGCGGACCUGAAGCUCGUCCCGCGGAGAGCCGACGACAGCUCGCCCGGCGUGCCCGCUCCGCUCCCGAUCCACCACGGCGCGCCCCCGGUCACCUACAUGCACAUCUGCGAGACGGACCACUUCAGCAUGGGGGUGUUUCUGCUGAAAAGCGGCGCGUCCAUCCCUCUGCACGACCACCCGGGGAUGCACGGCAUGCUCAAAGUCAUGUACGGCAAGGUCAGGAUCAGCUGCUUCGACCGGCUGGAGCGGGCGGCCGGCGGCCCGCAGGUGGCCCCUGCGCUGCCCCCGGCCCAGGUGGACGCUCUGCGGCGCUCCGUGCUUCGCUCCACCGGGGAGUACACGGAGGAGAGCGGCCCGUGCGUCCUCACCCCUGACCGGGACAACCUCCACCAGAUCGACGCCGUGGACGGCCCGACGGCGUUCAUGGACAUCCUGGCCCCGCCGUACGACCCGGACGACGGCAGAGACUGUCACUAUUACAAGGUUCUGACAGAAGCGGAGCUUAAAAACACAGACCAGAAGGAGAAGGAGGUCUGGCUCAUGGAGAUCUCACAGCCUCCGGAUUUCUGGUGCGGAGGGGAGCCGUACCCGGGCCCGGAGGUCUGCCUCUGAUCCCUGCAGCCGCUAAAUGUCUUCUUUUCUCGGGCUGGUCUGGUUUAUGCACCCUGCAGAGGCACGAGGCCGGGGCUUUUUUGUGUGUGUGUGGGGGGGGGGACUUGGUUGGACAAACUGGGCCAAAUGAAGCGUCACUCUAAACCACGAAUCCAUCCAUUACAGGACAGACGCAAAUUAAGGAGGGGGGGGGUCAGACCAAGAAAGUAACUCUGCUGCUCCUUCAGGGGAAUGACACAGCACAAAAUCAGGUGACCUCAUUGUUAACAGAGCUGCCCUGCAGAGGUGAACAGCUGCAAAUAUAAUAACUCACGUUUCCAUUUCACUCGAACAAAAAUUGGAGCCCCAGGCAAAACCAAAGCACCCUGUCUGUACUACGAUCACCUUCUGGAUCGGUAUUAAGGACAUUUUCAGUCAUCUAACGCUGGGUUUCUGUGCUGUGGGGACAUAUUUCAGAUAUUAUUUACCCCCCAGAAAGGGAACAAAAUCAAAUUUUCCCGUCCAUUCUGGCAUUGGACUCUUUCUCCUGUGUUGUGGGUGAGGGCAGCAGUCUGAAAGUCUCAGGACACUGGUGUUGAUGAUGGGCAGCUGCAGCCAGGGAAAGACAGGACCUCUUGGGCACCUUCCAAAAUGUUGACCCACGUGCACUCCUGGGUUCAUCUGACGGAUUUGGUUUAAUUAAAGGCGUACAUAUCUUUGUGAACCAGUACGGGCAGCAUGUCAUCCAUCAGCUGAAAGGGUUACAAACUGAAAAGCACCAGAAUUGGGAGUCAGGAACACGUGAGCAAUGGGCUAAAAUGAGACCCUGUGAGGUAUUUUGGGUGGGAGAUGCCAAGAAAUGACAAAUUGAUGAUGUGCAGGGGGCUAAUGCUGCGUUCAGGAAAAAGCCAGGAAGUUUUGCUGCAUCUUGGUCGAAGUCUGUGCUAAAAGUUUCGAUUCCAAAAUGGAAAUUUGGGGAAGAUAUCUGAACCUCGACGUUCACACUUCACACUAAGCAUUUUUCAGCAACCUUUUUUAAAUAUAUUAAAAUGUCAGCUGCUGAUAUUUAUUUAAAAUGUGCACUUAUACUAACAGCUGUCUGUCGCGUGAGGGAUGCAAUGCAUUCGUUUUUUUUUCCCAAGCUGCAGCACCGAAACACAAUAGUUGGAGUUUUAAUCCACUCGUUGGGAAUUCCAGACUUCGGACUGCGUCCUGAAUGCAGCAUUAAAACCAAAUGUGUCCUGACCUGAGCUGACCUGAGCUGAGCUGUCUCUGUGGAAGUGGUCCCGGGACCACGGAGGGGCCGUGUCCAUGUGUUUGAGUCGCCCUCCUGCUUUGUGACGUUUGUUUCAGCUGGAUAAAGAACUUCGGGUCUCUUUUGGAGACUGUACAUUUCUAAAACUGCAGGGGGUUUUUUUCUCGCAUUGUGACUGAUCCUCAGGGCUGUUUUGUGAUUUGUGUCGCUGACUGAUUUUUCUGGAGAUUGUUUGUUUGAAAGAGGUGCACUAAAUUAGGCUUCUCAGCAUACAUGUAUUUCAUUCAUAAGAAAAGAGGUAUGUCGAAAAUGGCAGUGUGAUUACAAAAAAUGGAAUUAAUCAGACAUGCAAGGUGAAGUUAAGGGUCGGGGUUGUAAUAAAGGUAAAAUUGUGAUGAUUUCCAGCUCAGCAGCAAAGACUGACGCUAAACAAACGAAUGAUCUGCUAUUUAAAAUCAGCACUUACAGUAAAGUAAUGUUCAUGUUGGAGGUCUAAUUCAAAAAUGUGUGUGUGCACUACAGAGUCGCUUAUUCUGAUUCAUUCAUGGUGGCAUGAAAGUAAAGCACUAAAAUCUCUGCUCGCAAAGUUUUGGAGAAUUGGACCGUUUGAAAUGUGAAAUGAUCAUUUCGGAUAACUUUUUUAAAUUUCAAACUACCAUAAUUUGGAAAAGAAACUUGUCCAGAGUUGCUACAACAUUUUCAUUCGAGAGAAGUCUGGCAAGUCUUCUAAUCAGCUGACGUUUCGUCAACAGAAGGCUCUUUAAAUCCGGCCUCGGUCCAGAAUCUGAUUCUCCAAAUCCAGCCUGCGUUGAACGAACAGUAGCUGUGUCGAUGUGUUUUGCCUGUAAUGAAGGUUUUCUGUCAGUUCGUAUAAAAUGUGCAGUUUAUUUUGCCUAAACAAGUCUGCUUUGUUUGCUUCAGAAUGUGAUGAGCUGUUAUUGAAAGAACAAACAAGUUCAGGAAGUGAUUCCUUCGAAGCAUUUGAACGUGUUUUGGAGAAGUAUCUCGUUCUCUGAAACGCGUUGGCACAAUAAACCUAAGCUUUUUUGCGCUUUCAAUAAAACUUUAUAUUUCUAAGCACUGCGCGCUCCUGCAGCAGGUUGAUGAAGGACGCUCUGUUUGACUGAAAUGCCAGCAUCUGUGUUUUUAUUGGGAGCCUAAAGUUAAACUUUAAAGUGUAUUAAAUGGAAAAAUUGUAAAGGUGUAAAGGAAUACUGCAGCUUCUUUUGAGGAAUUCAGGCAUUGAAGUCAAAUUUAUAAUGCAUAAAGUAUACUUCUGCAAAGAUA